AUGGAGACUCAUCAUAGCUUAGUUGAGAUCGAAUAUAAACCGGAAUUAGACGCGCCUAAAACUAUAUGCCGCUGUUGUCUUUCAACCGACCGUCGGGUCGUGAAAAUUGAGAAUUAUCGUGAACUUUUCGUUGAAUUGGCUGAUAUAAUAGUAUCCGAUUCCGAUGGUCUUCCUCAAUGGCUCUGCUGGGAAUGCAGCUGUCUACUGAUGAAGAGUGUACGCUUCAAGCAGAAAGUACUUAAAGCUCAUCUAACACUAUACAACUAUCAUAGUCGAUGUGCUCCGUUUCCCAUAGAUGGCCAGGAUCCUGAACUAACUAAGUAUGCUAACCCACAACUGAGCAGCUCGGCCACACUGGUCAUAGAUAAUGUCAAGACUAAAACGGGGUACCAUAAAGUUUUGGAGCAUGAGAAAAUCCACUUCAUGCCCCCCUCGGAUGAAACUCACUUUCUCGAUGAAGAAGUUCCUCUUAAACUGGAGACAGAAGAUGAUGUACCAUUACAGGAGAUACGUGAAAAUAAGUUGAAAGAUAUGGGACUAGAUGGCUUCAUAACAGAAUCUACUCAAGAGAAGAAAGAAAAGACCAAAAAAGUUAAAAAGAAAGUCAAGAUAAGAGUCACGGAUAAUAUUAAGACAGAGAAUGAGUUAGAGAGUGAACCACAAGAGGCUAAGACACCAAAGAAACGAAACCUUCGGAGAACUAUAGACAUAGAUGAGAACAAGAUAAGAGUCAUUACACUCGACCCGGCAGAACAACUUAGGCAGAGACAGGCUGAGAACGAGGCGACACUGAAAUUUCCGUUCCAGUGCCAUCUGUGCUUCAAAGGUUUCAACUAUGAAGAAAAACUGAAGAAUCAUAUGUUCAAACACAGUCCGGCUCGCGGCAGCUACAAGUGUGAGGUAUGCAGCAUGUACCUGCCCACACCAUACUCGGCCUCUGUGCACGGACUCACUCACACGCUGAGGUAUGAGUGUGUGCAGUGUGGCAGACGGAUGACUGACAGGCUGGCUAUAGUCAAUCAUUACAGAUCUCAACAUGAGGGUGUGCUCUCGGUCUACACUUGUCACAUAUGUGGGAAAGUAUCAAAUAAUGACAAGACUCACCGCGGCCACAUGAGGAAUCAUCACUCUGGCUCGAGGGCUGUCUGUAGAGAGUGUGGCAAGAGCUUCGUUAAUAAUGACUCACUGGCCGAGCACAUGCUCAUCCAUCAAGGCAUCAAGAACUACGAGUGUCCGGAGUGUGGCAAGAGGUUCAGAACGAGGAAUCAAAUAAGACACCACCUCGUGAAGCACAGCGACCACAAGGACUUCUACUGUGUGGAGUGUGACGUGAGGUUCAAGUCGGCUCACACACUCCGACAACAUCUCAAAAGAACGACUAAACACAAGGACAAGAAGAGUCUCAAGUUCGCGUGUUCGUUAUGCCCAAAACGUUUUGACACCGCCGCCCUACUAACAACACACACUCGGGUCCAACACGAAGGUUCAAGACCACAUCGCUGCGAGGAGUGUGGGGCUUCGCUGGCGACUCGAGCGUCCCUACACAAGCACGCGCGCUCCGUGCACCGGGGACUUCGCCCCCCGCCCUCACAUAUCUGCCACGCGUGCGGAAAACUGUUCCGAGCGAGAUCUACAUUAGUGAAUCAUGUUAGAACACAUACUGGAGAGAAGCCUUACCCCUGUGAGGAUUGUGGGCGGAGGUUCGCGCAACGAACGGCCAUGAGGACGCAUGUGAAGCUGGUCCAUAUGAAACACAGAGGGAGGGAGGAUUAA